AUGCCCACCAAACUCUUCAUCACCGGUAUCACCGGCUACAUCGGCGGCGACGCCUUCCACUUGCUAGAGCAGCACCACCGCGACUUUGAAUUCUCCGCGCUGAUUCGCACAGAGGAGAAGGCAAAGUAUGUAAAGGAGCUAUACCCCAACGUUCGAAUUGUGCUAGGAGGUCUGGACGACUCAAAGACGAUAGAGAAGGAAGCUGCUUGGGCGGAUAUUGUACUUCAUACCGCGGACUCAUCUGAUCAUGUCGGAGCUGCAAAUGCUAUCGCCAAAGGGCUAAUCGAGGGUCACUCCCCUCAACGCCCUGGAUACUGGCUGCACACCGGUGGAACAGGCAUCCUGACGUACUUCGACUCUGAAGUUCGCAAAGUCUACGGCGAGCCCGAUGAGAAAGUUUUCAACGAUGAUUCUGGUGUUGAUGAGCUCGUUAAUCUACCGUCUGCAGCAUUCCAUCGUAAUGUCGAUGAGAUCGUUCUCAAGACGGGCUCUGAGCAUGCUGAUUCCGUGAAGACGGUCAUUGUUUGCCCGCCGACGAUCUACGGGCGUGGAAGAGGACCUGUAUCUCUUCGGGGCCGGCAGGUUUAUGAACUUUCGUCCUUUAUUCUCAAGGAGAAGUAUGUCCCACAGAUUGGGAAGGGCUUGGCGAGGUGGAACAAUAUCCACGUUUAUGAUCUAAGCGAGUUGUUUGGUGCAUUGGUUGAGGCGGCGCUGGAUCCGGCCAGGAAGGAUGAUGCUGAAAUCUGGGGCGCGAAGGGGUACUUUUUAACUGAAAACGGCGAGCAUGUCUGGGGUAAACUUGCGCCGUAUGUCGGCGAGCAGGCGUACAAGCUGGGAUAUCUUAAGGAGCAGCCGCCGGUGAAGGAACUGUCUUUUGAUGAGGCUACUCGCACACCUGCUGGCUUUGAGGCGGCGAGUUGGGGAUUGAAUUCGCGUGCUAAGGCGCUGAGAGGACGCAAAGUGCUUGGGUGGACGCCGAAGGAGCGCAGUCUGGAGGAGGAGAUUCCUGAUGUUAUCGCCGCUGAGGCGUCAAGGCUUGGUUUGCACAAAUGA